AGAAUAAGAUGAUUAUUUAAUUGUUCAUUUGAAAAUUGAAUUUUCAUAAAAGAAAUUUUAAAAAAGAAUGUAAAGAAUCUACAAGCAUUUGACUAUGAAUGAAAGUUCCUUAGCAUAUCCUACAAUGAUCGUGAGAAGCAGAGAAAGGCCAAACUCAUCAUAGACAUGAGGGGAAACAGUACGUACAUCAAGAACCCAGAGGAUAUGGCAGCAGAGGCGCGGUCGUUUGCCUUCGAUUACUCCUACUGGUCACACGAUGAGUUCAAGGAAACAUCAAAUGGGUACUUAGAACCAUCAGGGACUAGAUACGCUGAUCAGAGAAUGGUGUUCAAUGACCUUGGUCAGGGUGUCCUUGACAAUGCAUGGAAGGGCUACAACUGUUCCUUGUUUGCGUAUGGCCAGACAGGAAGUGGUAAAUCUUACUCAAUGGUGGGCUACGGAAACAACAAGGGGAUCGUGCCGAUUUUCUGUGAGGAACUCUUCAAGGGGGUGGAGGGAAAAAAACAGACAGCAGGCGAAAACGAGGAGUACCAGGUAACACUGAGUAUGCUAGAGAUUUACAAUGAACAAGUCAGGGAUCUACUGAAUCCAAAGUCUAUUGCAACAAAGGGAGGAUUGAAAGUCAGACAGCACCCCUCUAAAGGAUUCUAUGUGGAGUCUUUGAUAUCCUGUCCUGUCAGCAGCUACACAGACAUCGAGAACAAGAUCAGUGAGGGAACCAGAAACCGGACAGUAGCCGCUACCAACAUGAAUGCCACCAGCAGUCGAGCUCACACGAUUGUUGCCAUCACAUUUGUCCAGAAGACCCCUAAUGAAACAGGUCAGAGCAUGACAAGGUCAUCUAGUGUCAACCUAGUGGAUCUAGCAGGAAGCGAGCGCGCAGAGUCAACAGGGGCCACAGGGGACCGUCUCAAAGAAGGAUCAGCCAUCAACCAAUCACUGAGUACCCUGGGAAAUGUGAUUAGUGCUCUUGCUGACCAAUCACAAGGCAAAAAGAAAGUUGUAGUACCAUAUCGAGACUCUGUUCUGACCAAACUUCUACAGAAUGCUCUGGGUGGCAACAGUAAGACCAUCAUGAUUGCUGCACUUAGUCCAGCCGAUAUCAAUUAUGAUGAGACCCUGUCUACUCUAAGAUUUGCUGACAGAGCCAAAGCAAUCAAGACAACAGCGACAGUGAACGAGAGUCCCACGGACAAACUGAUCCGAGAGCUGCGAGAGGAGAACGCCAAACUCAUGGAGAUGUUGAAAUCUGGUGGCAUCUCACUAGAUCAGCUGGGAGGUGGGGGUGGAUCCAAUGCAAAUCAGGAAAUUGAGGAGAUGAAAAAGGCAAUGGAGGAGGAACUCCGACAAAAUCAGGAAGAAAUCGAGAACAUGAAGAAGACAUGGCAGGAACGAUUAGCUGAACAAGAGUCCGCAAAUAAGGGUAACAUGGAUGCAGAGAGAAAAAAGGAGGAGGAUAAAAAAGUGAUUCCCCACUUCUGGAAUUUACACGAAGAUCCAGCUCUGACAGCCAUGAUUGUUCAUUUUGCCAAAGAAGGGUCAUGUAAGGUUGGAAACAAGAACGCCAGCCCUCCUGCUGAGAUUACCAUUAGUGGACUCAGCAUUCAGAAGCAACAUGGAGUGGUGACCAACAAAGGGGGAGUGGUGAAAAUCAAACCUAUUGAUGGAAAAGUUCUGGUUAAUGGAGCAAAGGUUACCAAGGAAACGGAGUUACAUCACAAUGACAGAGUGUUGUUUGGUCCAAAUCACCUGUACGUUUUCCACCAUCCACAAGACUUAGCUAAAAAUGUCAAGGAGGGAAAAACUGUAGAGACCCCGACUUAUGACACAGCUCAGGAAGAAAUCGCCAAAAAGGCAGGAUUCAUGGACAAAGCUGGCAAAUCAGAAGAGGACCUCAUCCUACAGGAAGAUGUGAUUCAGAUGUUACCAAUGGUGAAUGAAGCAGACGCCAUGUCAGCAGAGCUGGACAAGAAAGUCAAGUUUGAAUUAGCCCUAGUGUCCCCUCAGGCCCGGGGCCUCAAGGAGGGCAAAACUGAGGUGAUGGUCAAAAUGAGGAACUUGGAGAAUGGAAACGAAUGGUUAUGGGAUCGUAACAAAUUCAUCAACAGGAAGUUCCUGAUGCAGGAAAUGUACCAGAACUAUGUGGAAGGGGCAGAUGACUGGGAUGUUCCCAAGGAGAAGGACCCGUUCUGGGAGGACGCUGAUGUGGAGGUGUUGAUCGGGACGGUCCAUGUCCAUCUGAUGUCACUCAGUCACAAACUGGACAUCGAGGAGACGCUAACAGUCACUAACUACCAGGGGAAAGAAAAUGGUCACAUUGAAAUUGAGGCCAUUCCUUGCACAGCUAAGGGAGCACAGAUAGGGGAGGAUGACUUUUUGGAUGACCCCAAAGACUUGAUUGGAAAGGAGUUAAAUUUCAAAUUUAAAAUCAAUUUUGGCCGAGGCCUUCCAGCCAACAUUAGACAGAGCUGCUGUAAGUUUAAGUUUUAUCUGGACAACCAGUACACAUCAACAGCCUAUGUGGAUGGUAUGAAUCCCGAGUACAAGUUUGAAAAACUCUUCAAGUUCCCCAAGUGUACUUCUGAGUUUGUGGACUACUUGAUUGACUCUGUGGCAGUGAUAGAAGUCUGGGGCAAACAGAAGGGGGUGGGGAUGAAGAGUGGGGGCAACCUAGGGGUGGCUACCAAAGACCUGAUGGCCAGAGAAAAAUCCAACCUGUUUGGUUUAAGUACUUUUGAGGAGGAACAGUCCAAAUUAAAGAAAAGAGGUGAAAACAAGCCAGCACCAGCACCAGCAAAAAAGAAGAAUGACCCCCCAGCCAAGGCCACAGACAACGGAGUGGUGAUUCCAGUCCCUCCCCCACCGUCAGACAAAAAGCAGAAUGACCAACAGAUGAAUGCCUACAAAAAACAAGCAGAUGAUGCAGAGAAGAGGGCCAAGGCUGCAGAACAGAGGGCAACAAGCUCCGAGAACAUGGUGUCUAAUGUCAGAAAUCAUCUCAAUCAGAUGAAGAGAGCUGGAAACAGCACAGUUUCUAUUGCUGAGAUUGAGGCUAUGCUGGCUAGAGGUAACUCGAGUUCAGCGCGGCAGGAGCAAAUGGGGGACAAUGCAUCAAAGGCCUGUACAAUACAGUAAUAUCACACACGAAACAGUGUACAGUACAGUAAUAUCAUACACAGUAUGGUGUACAUGUGUACCUCAGAAACUGGUAACUUUAUGUACUAGAUUUCUAAAAUUUCAGUUUGAGGAAUCAACUUAUACAAGGUUUUCUUGGUGUAAUCAGAUAAAAUCAAAUUUGAAACUUUUGCAAUAACUGUUUUCCAGUGAUUUUUCUUAUGAGGAAGAUGUGUAGUAUGAAGGUAGAUCUGAUUUGUUUAUUAUCUUGUUCUGAGAUUUCUAUUUUUUAUCAAAUUAAUUUUCUUAUUUAUAUUUGUUCCAAUCAAAUUUUAUAUGUCUUCUUUUUUUCUAAAAUCUUGCCUUAUAAUUACAUAUUAAUAAGUGCA